CCACCAUCUAUUUGACCUUUGAAUACGUCGAGCCUAGAUGACAUCAUUUUUGUAUGUCAGUGUCAAAUGUCAACCUCACCUCCAACCUCCAACGGCGCGCCUUACGUCAUUUAUAAAUAAGAUCUCAUCCUUUAAAUGCGAGCGUAAUAAUAAAUAAUGGAGAAUAUUAAUAUUUUUUCUGAAACAUUCAAACAGAUUAUUAGUGAAGAGGUCAAAAGUGUGCAAUUGGACGCCCGUGAAAAAGAUGAAGAUUCAUCUCCGUCUGCUGACGAAUGGUCAACAUCUAAUGACAAAAAAUCUUGUUAUUACUGCCGAAUUGAAUUUCCAGAUAGUCAAUUACAAAGAAUUCACUACAAAUUAGAUUGGCAUCGUUAUAAUUUAAAACAAUCUCUUUUAUCUAGACUUCCUAUAUCAGAAGAAGAAUUUAGUGAAAAAACUGGAAAUGAUGAUCUAUCGAGUAUAUCUGGAUCAGAUUCUGAAAAAGAAGACACUCUCGAUACAUUUGCCAUUGCUCAGGGUAAAAUGUUCUUAAGAAAUAAAGAUAAUAAAGUGUUUUCUUUGUACAAAUGUUUGAUGUUUGAUAAAAAGGAAGAAGUUUCUGAUGAUAGUGUAUUAGACAGACUUAAGCAGUGUUCUAUAUCCAACCAACAAUGGACGAUACUAAUGUUAGGUGGCGGACAUUUUGCUGGUGCCGUCUUCAAAGGAACUGAACCUAUUCUUCAUAAAACAUUCCAUUGUUAUACUGUAAGAGCUGGUCAAGGAGGAUCACAGAGUUCCAAAGAUUCAAAAUCUGGUGGCCCACAACCUAAAAGCGCAGGCGCUUCUCUUAGAAGAUAUAACGAACAGGCUUUAGUUCAGCAUGUAAAAUCAAUUGUUGAAACAUGGAAAACGGAAAUCGAUAGAAGUUCUUUAAUAAUAUACAGAGCUUCAGGUCCUUAUAAUAGGUCUGUGCUUUUUGGAGGUACUACUCCACUGUUGGAUAGAAGUAGUAGCAAAUUAAGAACUAUUCCAUUUUCGACAAGAAGAGCCACUUUUGCUGAAGUGAAAAGGGUACAUCAGCUGCUUUCUUCUUCAACAAUCUACGAUUGCUUGGAAGCAGCAACGGCUAAAUUUUCCAAACAAUUAUCCCCUGACACGGAAUCUAAAAGAAAUAAAGUUCGAGCAUCUUGUAUAAAUCGAGCGAAAUCUAGAGAAAUAGCAGAAAGGCCCCUUCCAACUGAACAUCUUAAUGAUAGUGAUUUAGAACUAGAAGUCGAUGAAAACGAUGAUAUAAAUGAAAAUGUAGUUUUGUCCACAAGUGAGUUAGAAAUUCCACUUAAUGACUUACGCGAGUUCGAUGAUAGUUUAACACCAGAACAAAGGAAAAAAAUACCAAAAAAGAAAAAACCUAAAAAAAGUAAAACAAAGAAAUUAAAGGAACAAGAAGAUGCUAAGAAGAAGGAACUAAUAGAAAUAAUUACUAACGGUGAUAUAAAAAAAUUAACAAUAUUAUUAGACGAUCAUUUAAAAUUAACAGAAGAAGAAACUGAAAAAACUAGUGAUGAGUUUAUUAAUAAAAUAGUAGAUGAUGAAUCUAACACAUUACUACAUGUAGCAGCUUUAAAAGAACAAACGAAUGUAAUUACGUUUUUGUUAGAAAAUAACGCAAACCCCUGUUUAAAAAAUAAAAAUCAGCAAACUGUCUAUACAUGUACUCAAAGCAAAGAAGUUAGAGAGUUUUUAAGACAAUUCGCUAGAGAUAACCCUGACAAAUUUAAUUAUAAUAAGGCACAAAUUCCUAUCAACGCUCUUACAAACGAAGAAGUAGCUGAUAAGAAAAAAGCAGUUCGGAAAAUCAAGAGAGAGAAAGAGAAGGAGAAGAAAAAAGAAAAUGAAAUUAAAAAGAAGGAUGAAGAUGAGAAGCAACGGUUCUUGAAAUUGAGCGAUAGGGAAAAGAGAGCCUUAGCAGCUGAAAGAAGAAUUAUCAAUCAAUUUGGAAAAGUUACUACUAGAUGCUUUUUAUGCGCGGCUGACAUUGCUGGAAAAGUACCGUUUGAAUAUAUGCAAAACUUAUUUUGUUCCAUGGAAUGUUUAAAAGCUCAUAGAAUGCAGAAACCUGUUUUGUUGUCGUAAUAAAUUCCACUUUAAUUUAAACCGAGGACAAUAAAAAAUGUUUUUGAAUUGUAG